AUGAUCACGGGUCGUAUUAAGGUACUAUGCGAGCGCAUUAUGAGUCGUGGGUACGAACCACGUGUAGCACGUCUUAUGGAGAACGUCAAGGACACAGUGCGUGCUCAGCCUGGUUUUAUUUCAAUUGAUACGUAUGCGCAGAUCGAUGAUAACACGAAAUAUAUCGUCUUUUCCGAGUGGGAAUCCAAGAAACAUUUUGAUAUGUGGGUAUCCAGCAGGGAGUUUCAGGAAUGUACACAACAGAUUAAUGAUUUACUCGAUGUGCCUGGACUACACAUGCGUAUUUUUAAAAAACCCAAGGAAGACGUGUUUCUUCUCUAA